AUGAAUGGAAUCGUGGAGAAGGAAAAAGAUGAAGAAAUUGAGCAUUUCAAAGAGAUUGGGACCCUAACGUUGCUUAGCGAAAGCGAUCAAAUACUUGAGCUGCAGACGAUUCUUAAGGAUAAGAAUACUGAACAUUCGGACUUUGUGUUCUACGCUGAUCGCCUAAUGCGUCUAGUCAUUGAAGAAGCUCUCAAUAAAUUACCGUACACUGAGGUUACAGUCACCACUCCCACUCAUUGUCAAUACAAAGGUAUUCAAUUUAUGCGAGGAAAUUGCGGUGUUAGUUUGUGCCGCAGCGGCGAAGCGAUGGAGUUUGCACUGAGGCAGUGUUGUCGAUCGAUCCGCAUAUGCAAAAUGUUGAUUGGUGACGAGCAGCGUGUAUUGUAUGCUCGUUUGAUACCAGAUAUGUCUCAUCGGCGCGUUCUGUUACUCUAUCCAGUCGUAAGCACAGGGACGACAGUGCUGAAAGCAAUAAGUGCUCUCAUGGACUCCAAAGUUGAAGAGGAGAACAUCUACUUGACGACUUUGUUCAUAACCCCACAAAGUGUGAAAAGCAUCUGCAGCAAGUUUCCUCGUGUGAUAGUGAUCACUUCGGAUGUCACGACGGGAGUGCCGUACAGCUUUGCCAUGAAGUACUUUGGAACCGAUUAG